AUGACCCAUCCACGUCACAUUCAAGACCUCGCCGACGAGUUGCUGAGCGAGAUCUUGUCCUUCCUACUAGAGCAGCCUGCAAUCCGAGCACUCAAUGGUAAUGCUGGCCGGAACGGGCACAAUGGUCAUUACGCGGGGGAAUACGACGACCACCGGAGUGCCUAUGGCGAGGCAUCCGAGCUAGAUCGCUUUCGACUCGUCUGUAAACGAUUCAUGCGCAUCGGCACACCCCGCAAGUUCUCACGAUUUAACCUACGUUUCUCCGAGAAUGGCUUCCGCCGCCUGGACGAUCUACUGAAGAUGCAGCUGGCCUGUUAUGUGAAAACGGUGACAUAUCUCGUGCGACCCUUCUAUCAAGGCAGCGACUGGGUACCGGCACUUCGCACGCUCGGCACCGAAGAUCCUAUACUCGCGCAAUUGCAUAGCCGCCGACUGCGCGAACAAACCACCCUGGUCAGCACCAACUAUGACCUAACGCAGCUGCGUGCUGCAAUCGCGGCAUUCUCGGCACUCCAAGAAAUCAAGCUUCUUCGUUUACAAGAUGAAGCUGACGAACAGCUUCUCGAUUUCAUUCGCGACCAAGCCAUCGGCCAUGCCACAUCCGACACCCAUUUUGACUGGGAAUCUGCAUGCUCGCGCGCCGUCACAAAUUUAGGAAUCGCCCUGCUCGAUUCACAACGCACCUCAAUCCGCUUCAUUGGGCCACAAAUCAGCCCCGAAGCCACCCUCCAACUCCUCGAGGCGCCCUCGACUACCCUCGCUGCAAUGGGUAGCCGCCUAACCAGCCUGGACAUCAACUUCCAUGCUCACGUCGACAUUACCGCAACCAUGUCCGACUUAUCACCCGUCUUCCAUCGCUUCUUCACCGAAGCCAAAAACCUAGUCGCCAUCCACAUUGGUUUUCCUGCUAAAACUCCACUCGACCUCAACCUUGAAACGAUCUUCCACGGCAUCCGCUGGAAGACUCUACGCACGCUGAGCUUACAGGGCUGGCGUCUCAGCGCAGACGAAAUGAUUACCCUCGCGCGCCGGCAUCGCCAUCAACUACGCGAGUUCCGGCUUUAUGCCGUAUACCUCCGCGAGGGCAGCCGCUGGAGUGACGUGCUAUGCAUGCUUCGCGCAGAAAUGGAACGCCUAUCACGGCUAGAUCUGCGCGAGAUUGACUACGCCACGAAUUUUGACGCCCUAGCCAUUGACAGCGGCGUGGAAAUCUUCGAUCCGCAACCAAUAGGCCCGAUAUCCUCAUCCGUAUCCGUGGCAGCGGGGACAUCUCUGCCAGAGACACCCUUGCUUCCUGCGUUCGGAACGAACGGACAUCAUCCUGCAUUAGUUUCGGGGAGCAGACUUUCGAGACGACGAUCGUUGGAGAAAGUUCGGGGCUUGGCGGUAGAGGAAUUAGGCGAUGAUGGAAUCCGUGUUCACAGGGAUCAGGCGCAUCUUUGGGAAGCGUGGGUUUUAUCUGGGUUGAGGGGGGAUGUGCAGAAUGGGAAUUUGCAUUUUUGUCCAUAG